AUGGGUCUGUCCCCCACCCAAGACCCCCUCAUCCGCCGACUGCGACGGGCCCUCGUGCCCAUCGACCAUGGCAAGACCUUCGACCUCUCAAACCUGGCCCAGCUCUUCUGCAGGUGGGGCGUGAACACGUCCCCCGAGAGGACAAGAGCCAAGCUCAUCGCCCUCCUGUGUGUCCUCGGCGCGUUCCGGGUCUCCGCCGCAACGCUGCCGCUCUUCAACGACGUCACGAUCAACGACUCCAGCAGCCCCCGAAAACUGGUCGUGCCGGUCUCCGGCUACAAGAACGACCUGUACGGGGAUGGCCUCACAGUCCCCAUCUUCGAGUGCUCGGAGGCGGCUCUCUGCCCUGUGCGCACGUUCCAGCGCUGGUCAGAACAGACCGCGCACAUCCACGAGAGAACUCGCAACUGCCGCAUCGUCUUCGAACUCCAGCGCCCGUUCAACCGACUCCAACCCGACCGAUGCGCCGAGAUCCUGAAAGGGGUGGCCCGCGAGGCCGACCUCGACACGGCCGCAUUCACCGCCAAGACCUUCCGUAAAUCGGGUAUCAUGGCGGGGAUAAGAGCCGGCGUCGAACCCGACGCCCUGUUCCGCCUGGGCGGCUGGAGAGACCCCAACACCUUCUGGCGUCACUACGUCGUGCGUCAAGUCCCGUCUUCCUACUCCGAUAUCCUGUUCAACGUCGACAGCGACCGCGACGACGCCAACAGCGAUGCCGACCUGUAG